GCGCGCGCCGGGCAGUCGAUCGGGAUCUCCGCCCCUGGCGCCAUCUCCCCGACCUGCCGAGCCCGCCAGGCCCUGUUUGGUUGGAGCCUUUCUGAGUGGCCCCCUGGUGAAUCUAGUGCCCCUGCUCCCCGGAUCUCUGCUGCGCUUGACCUGCUGGAGCCUCCAGCAUGUUCCACGGGAUCUCCGCCACGCCAGGCCUAGGAGCUCCUGCGAAUAAGCCCGAGCUGUAUGAGGAAGUGAAGCUGUAUAAAAAUGCCCGGGAACGAGAGAAGUACGACAACAUGGCGGAGCUCUUCGCAGUGGUGAAGACGAUGCAGGCCUUGGAGAAGGCGUACAUCAAGGACUGUGUCACCCCCAACGAGUACACAGCUGCCUGCUCCCGGCUCCUGGUCCAAUACAAAGCCGCCUUCCGGCAGGUCCAGGGCUCAGAGAUCAGUUCCAUUGAUGAGUUCUGCCGCAAGUUCCGCCUAGACUGCCCGCUGGCCAUGGAGAGGAUCAAGGAGGACCGACCCAUCACGAUCAAGGACGACAAGGGCAACCUCAACCGCUGCAUCGCGGAUGUUGUCUCUCUCUUCAUCACGGUGAUGGACAAACUGCGGCUCGAGAUCCGAGCGAUGGAUGAGAUCCAGCCUGACCUUCGCGAGCUGAUGGAGACCAUGCACCGCAUGAGUCACUUGCCCUCUGACUUUGAGGGCCGCCAGACGGUCAGCCAGUGGCUGCAGACCCUGAGCGGCAUGUCGGCCUCAGAUGAACUGGACGACUCCCAGGUGCGCCAGAUGCUCUUUGACCUAGAAUCGGCCUACAAUGCCUUCAACCGCUUCCUGCACGCCUGAGAUCCAGCCAUGCCCACCUGACCCCACUUCCUGCACGCCCCCGAGAUCCAGCCAUGCCCGCCCCAGCCUGUUUCUGUGCGUCUCACUGCCUGUGGCCUCACUGGGAGCCCCGAACCCACCACAAUAAAGAUGUUGGUCUCUC